CACACUAAACUCAUUUAUCAUUCUACAGUUAUUUGUAAUUUAAAAAUGAUAAUGAUUAUUCACUUGUUCGAGUUUUUCCUAUUGCUCUUAACGGUUACUGUUGCCCGGAUUUUACCGCCUCAUUGCUGGGUUUGGACUUUAAUUACGUUUAAUUUUUACAAUGUACAUAUUUUUCACCUUCUUCUCGAUAUGGUUACGGUAUACCUCGUUGACGUAGUAAUGUUUCCAUCGUGGAAAUUAACAGAAGUCAUCAAAUGCUGCGCUAUAUCUCAAAUUUUUGCAACUUUUCUUGUUGUUUCUACUCUUUUUAUCAGCUACGCUUGUACAUUUAAUCUUGACCUUCUAUGGGUCGCUCCAAUCUGCGGUUUGACUCCUUUAUUUGGUACUGUUCUAGUCGUCGCACGUCAGUUAACCCCAGACAAUAUUCUUGCAACAUUGCCUUUGGGCAAGUUUCGGAUCAAGCAUAUCGCGUUUACCAUGUUCUUCUGUUUUCUCUUUUUCCCAAUCUUGCGAAUUAGCGAUUAUGUUCAUUUUCUUCUUUUCUCAUAUGGAGCAUUCGUAACCUGGAUUUACCUCCGCUUCUUUCAAAGGCACAACAACGGCGAUGUUGGUGACACCACAGAUGCUUUUAAAUUCUCAGGUAGGGGUCAGUAUAUCACUCUUUAUAGAUUCUUUCCGAAUCAUUUAGAACCGCCCGUAUCAAUAGCAUCAAAUGCUAUCUACAAUCUUAUGGUUAAAAUUCACAUCUGUCCACCGAAAGCCGUCAUUGAAACAGAUUAUGUAGAUCCGGCAUUUACUGUUCGAAUAGUUUCUAAUGGCGAUAAAAGUCCUAGUGGGUACGUCUCCAUGCCUCCUACUUUCUAUAUAUUUACUUAUUUCCUUUGUAUUGAUUAA